AUGAAACCGACAACAGUCUUCCAUGUCUUCAUGUUCUUCGCCUUCGUUUUCGUGUGCUGGAAGGACUACUUGAUAGUUUAUGGAGAUUUGCUACCUAUGCCAGGCCAAUUUCUAUCCAAGUUCGUCUGGCUGACAAUGAUCAACUUAGUAACUGAAAAGAUAAAUUCAAACCAUAAGAAAAAAGUUUUCAGUACCUUCAUACCUUCUACCACUUUUUUGGAAUAUUCAUCUCUCUUGCUGGGUCCAAAUCGACAACUUUUGAUUACGCCGCCCGCGCUUUUGUUGGACCUAUUGGCGUAGUAAGUUCCAAAGUCCAAGAUUAAAAAAGAAUAAAAAUUUUUUUGAGACCGUGACUGUACUUUUCUGGGCGUUGUAUUUGGCUGAUCCUGCCAACAUUGCUGACGACAUUCGAGGGAGACAGAUUCUUGCCAUCCAAUGGUUCAAUCAUGGAUUGGUAAGUUUUUUUUGACGAAUAUUUGUGAUUGGACUUAAAAAAAUACGAAGAAAAUAUUUCCAUUCAAAUCACAUUCUGUUAGAAUAUCCGGUUAUCUCUCAAAUCUUUCUGGCUGAUUUCAGGCUAACACAAACUGAAAUGCUUCAAAAUGAUACGUCAAAUUUUCAUAAUCUGAUUCAAUGGCAAAAAUCGCAUAGAUUCCUGACCAAACUUUGGAUUUUCUCAAGUUUCGCUUUUAGGGUUUCAUGUCCUUUUGAAUUUGAGAUUAAACUAAGCCCCGCAGAAAUUGAAAUGUGUUCCCAAUGCAGUUUCGUUCUGUCAAAGAACUUUCAAUCAAUAUUAAAAUGAAACGGGAGAAAAUGACUAUUCCAGAAUGGCCCCACUGGUGUAGGAAAUAGUCCCACCCCCAGCCCCGUAAAAGUAAAAUUUCCAGUAAUUUCUUCAAAUUUUCGUUAAUCUGGUGAUCUACUAAUUUGUGGGGGCAAUUUUUGAGUUGCGGGGGGCUAUAAAAGAAUAAUAGGGAAAGGGGAAGGGCGACUCUGGAAUGUGGGAACUGAUUCGGACAUGGCUUGCAAUGCUCAUUCCAAAGUUGGGUGGGGGCGAUUCUUGAAGACUUCCUAGGCUUUUUGAGACUCGUCUCCCUUUUUAGCGCGGGGGAGGGGUUAGAAUAAAAUACAGCCCCCCAGUUAAAAAUUUGCCUUGGGGGAGGGGGGGCUGUUUCGAAGUAGGGGGCUGGGCGAUUCUAAAAUUCUCACGAAAUCAAUUUUCCAUUAACAAAAAGGUUUCAGCACACUCUGCCACUGGCUUCUUCCGUUCUCGACCACAUUGUUUGGAAUCACAAAGGCUUCCACACGCGCCAGAUCCUCCAGGGUAUCGCCACGUUCUGCGCUUUCUACCUCGCCGAGUGAGUUGCCAUGGAGAAGGCGUGGUGAUAAAAAGAAAGGGAAAUUUCGCCUUUUUCAGCAUUCACAUUGUGCAUCACUACACUGGCUUCUGGGCCUACCCCAUCAUCGGCGAUUUGUCUCCGCCGCUCCGUAUCGUCUUCUUUGCCGUCUGCAUUGGAGUCUUCUAUUUGUCAUAUUUGUUCCAGAGCUUGGUUAGUAUUUAUUUUCUUUCGGGCGGACUUUAUGGUUAUUUUCUUCUGAAGGACACUAGGUCUUGUGAACGGAACUUUUUGAAACGCGGUCAGAAAUUUUUGCAAUGUAUUAUAAUGACGUAAGAAUAUCAAUCAGCACAUCUGUAUCUUUUUUGAGGAAGAUAGACAGCCGAAAUUUGAAGAGGAAAAGUUUUAAAGAUCUCUUUUUCAUAAAUAGAGAUCCACUCUCUUCUAGCUUAAGGCAUAAAAAUACGUUUCGACCUUUUCAAACCAGCGGCUAACGAUUCAUUGGUAGUUGUGGCAAAGAAAAGUUGUUCUAUAAAGCGGAAAAUUCCGCACAAAGGCAGAUUUGAGGCAGAAAAACUCUUUUUAUUCAGAAAAUUAACCAUUUUUUUACAGUAAUUGUCCAAGUCUAACGUUGUUUACUAAAGCAAUCGAGAUAUGAAAUCAAGUAAAAAAGAACUGGUUUUUGUUGGAUUUUUUCAACGAAUUUUUAAUCUAGGCCCAUAGUGGAUAAAAAAUAUGGCGAUUAAAAAAUUUAAAAACAUCCUUUUUCGAAAAAUACAAAAGAUAUGUACCGACAUUAUUGUAGUAUCAGAAACUUUCAAAAAUGAAAUCCUUCAGGUUCACACAACCUUCCAUCGCCGCCAAGUUCGCAACGCUAGCAAGAAGAAGUAA